AAGAUUUUGUUUAACUAUUAACUCAAACAAUCUUAUCUCACAUUUAAAGCAUUCGAUUGAUUUUUAUUUAAAAAUUAAAGACCAACUCGAUCUAUACACGCUACGAAUUUGAUUCUUAUGGGAACCCCGCAUCAUCUGACUGCUAUAAUUUUAGACACCAUUAUCUUUCACGCAACAACUGCAACAAUGCUCGAGGGGAGCGAAGAGUCGUCCACUCAGCAAACUUUUAUCGCCUCUGAAAAGUGAACCGCAAAGUCCUAUCUACGCUUCACCACCUCAUUCGCCGUUAAGUGACAGCCUGAUACCCUAUUCGCCAACAAACACAAGUCCACCUAGUGCUCAGACCGCGGCGAAUGUGAUACAGAAUCAACUUGGAGUAUCAUUAUUGACUGGAAAUCAAAAUGUACCAUAUAAAGUGCAGAUCGGAGGAUAUAAUCAUACAUCGGCUAUUUACGAACCGAUUAAUAUAAAGACCGAAAUUAUAGAUAAAAAUGAAAUUAGCAAACCAUUUGAAUUAACGAACGAAAUGUUAGGUUUAAGUGUGACAAAAGACAAAAAAAAUGGACUUGAUGAAAAAAGAAAUUCAGCCGACACUCAUUUCACUAGAGAUACUCAUAUGAGAAUAAUAUUGGGUAACAGUGGUGCUGGUGUUGGCAGAAGCGUAAAACAUGCCUCAGAUCAUACACCUGCUAGUGCAAGUAAUGCAAAACCAAAGCGUAAUGGUUUGGUUUCGAAUCCAGCCAUGAGAUUAGUAGCAGGUGUUAGAAAUGGAAUUGAAAAUGCAACUAAUAGAAACAAACCUAUCACAACACGAGUUAAUGGAUUUCAGUGGAAGGCUGAGGCACGAAAGGAAACGCCUUUGUAGGGACAGGUAUUAAUAUAAUUUCACUUUUGAAGGUCACAAUAGAAGUCUAGGAAAACAAAUAUUUUACAUAAUUGUAAAGAAGGAAUAAAUACAUAAAAAAUCUUCAAUUCAUAUAAUAUUGUAUAAAUAUUUAUAGUAAUGUAUUUAUUAUAUUUUUCU